AUGAGUGUCCGCCGAAGCACCAUCAUUCCUCACAAGCCUACUCUGACAGAGAAGAACCUUCCCGACCAAGCAGGCAAGGUAUUUCUCAUCACCGGUGCCUCGGGCGGUCUAGGCAAGGAGAUCGCUUCGAUCCUCUACGAGAAGAAUGGCAAGAUCUACAUGGCGGCCCGCUCCCGCGCCAAGACAGGCGAGGUGAUGGAGCAGAUUAAAGCCGCGCAUCCAAAGUCAAACGGCCAGCUCAUCUUCCUGCCACUAAUACUCGACGACUUGACCACUAUCAAAGCUUCCGCCCAGGAGUUCCUUGCGCAGGAAAGCCGCCUCGACGUCCUCUACAAUAACGCCGGUGUUAUGGUCCCUCCGCAGGGCUCUAAGACGGUGCAAGGCUACGAGCUCCAGAUUGGCGUCAAUAACCUUGCGCCAUUCCUCUUCAUUCACUUCAUCCACCCAGUCCUCGCCGCAACCGCUCAGAUUGCCCCCAAGAACUCGGUCCGGGUCAUUUGGGUGUCCUCCAGCGCCGCCGAUGGCGUCCCAAACCCCGCCAUCGACUUCUCCAACAUGGACUACCACAUCGAGGAGGGCAUCUGGCCCAAGUAUUCUCGCAGCAAGGGCGGGAACGUUCUGCAUGCUGUCAAGUAUGCUCGGAGGACUGAGGGCCAAGGCAUCAUUAGCAUUGCCCUGAACCCCGGCAACUUUGUGACGAACUUGCAGCAGAACAUGCCGAAGAUGCAGUUUGCCAUGUUUAAACUCAUCACCCACCCUCCCAAGAACGGUGCAUACACCCAGCUCUUUGCAAGCCACUCUCCCACCAUCACCGAGAAGGACAACGGUUGCUGGGUUUCACCGUUUGGGAAGGUUGAGGCCGCUCAUAAGAAUCUUCAGGAUCCAGCCCUUAGCAAGAAGUAUUGGGAGUGGACGGAGGAGCAGGUUAAUCAGUAUAAGUGA